GCCCCCCAGGAGCCAUGGGCAGGGACAGACGGCCCCAGGCAGCCCACGGCGAGCGGCGCUGAGCCCGGGUGGACGGCGGCGGGACCAUGGGCUGCCGGCAUCGUUGGGGAGGCAUGGCAGCGGGCAGGGCCGUCGGGGCAGUGUGCUGGGGGCUGUAGGGCCAGGCGGCGGGCAGCAUGCUCAGCAGCCCCUCGCCCACCUCCCACGCAGCAGCAUCCCCUCUCCACGGUGGCAUGGGAUGAGGCCGCCCACCGCCCCGGGCAGCUCCGGGGACGGGUGCAGCCCAGGGCUCCGGCCACCGGUGCUCAGCCCCCCGUGCCCCGCCGCAGCGCCCCGCCGCAGGGCAGCGGCCCCGGGGUCCUGAGCCAUGGUCAGCCGCGAGCCCCAUCCCGGCCCGGCCCCCGCCGGCGAGGGCGGCCAGGAGAAAGCCAUGACGGUGCGCUCGGUGCUGCUCAACCGCGACUCCCCUGACAUCGAGAGCCGCCUCAAGCGCCGGCGCAACCGCACGCAGCAGGUCCGCUUCAAGGACCUGGUGGAGGGCAGCGCGGAGCAGGCGGCCAGCCCCACACCAGGGCCCACGGCCACCCACGGCCCCAACACCCCACGUGCCUCACCGCCCCCCAGGGAUGCCCCUGAGCCGGCGGCUCUCUGUGCCUCCCGGCGGAGCUGGCCCCAGGCCCAGCCGGGCUCGCUGACGCUGCCCAUGCCCAGGAAGGCGUGCAUGAGCACCGCCAUCCAGACCUCCCCCAGCCUCCAGAAGCCCUUCCAGGCCUCCCAGCCCCGCAGCAAGAGCGUCUGCGACGUGGCCGGGGACGUGGUGCUGCCCGCCGCCGCGGGGAGUGCCUGGUGCCCAGGGGUGACCGUGCCCACUGGUACCAGCCGGGCUGUGCCCCCACGGGCACCCAGCAGCCUCCCCGUGCAUGACCAUGCCGCGGCCCUCGCCCAGCACGCCGUGGUGUGCCGUGUGCCACCACCGCCACCACCGCCCAGGGAUCCCUGUCCCCCUUAUCCGGGCACAGCCGGCUGCCCUGCUGCCCGCUGCACCUCCCCGGCGCAGAGCUGCGUCCCUGAUCCUUGUCCACCACCCCCUGCCUGUGCCCGGCUCCGCGGGAACCCCGGGGGCAGCCGUGGGGCUCCCCCACGCCCAGCCUCCGUGCCCUGCGGUCAGCCCCGGCCGCCCACUGAGCCGCGGGGGCUCGGCCGGAGCGACUCGGAGCGGAGCCUGCCCCGUGGGCACCCACCGCCCCAGCCCUUGCCGUACCGCCAGCAGACCAUCCCCGCCACGGACACCCCCGGCCUCCGCCAGCCAGCUCAGGGCAACCCCCCGUGGGACCCCCCGCCACCCCAGCACCAGCUCUGCGGCACGCCGUGGGGGGGGCCCUGCUGCACCUCGCCAGCCCCCAUCCCACCAGCACCAGGCUGGCACGGCUCUGCCGCCACCCUGCCGGAGAAGACACCAGCUGCGCUCGGCCAUCCAGACCCCCACAGUGUCUGCAGCCGGCUACGUGCUGCUGAGCCUGGGCAUGGCUGGGCAGGACCAGAGGGGCCCAGGGACCCGCUGCCCCCAGCCCCCCAGGGCCCCAGUGUAGGGACACAACCGGCCGGGCGGGCACCAGAGGUCCCCUGGCACGGGCAGCCCUGCCUCACCACCGAGCAGUCGGAGACACUGCGCCACGUCCAGGACCUUCUGCAGCUGGUGGUGGCAGCCAAAGGGGACGAGGACGCCCGGACAUCUCAGGGAGAGGGCCCCCGGGGGCCCAGGGAGCAGGGGGACCUGCAGUCCCAGCUGCAGUCCCUGGAAGGGGUGCUGGAGACCAGCCAACAAACCAUCCGGGUGCUGCUGGACGUCAUCCAGGACCUGGAGAAGAAGGAGGCCCAGCGGGACGGGCGACACUCAUACCGGACAGGGCAAGACAUCGCCAACUGCGGGACCUGCCGGGACUGUGCCUGCAUCAUCUACAGCGUGGAGCACGAUUUCCGGCAGCAGGAGGGACGCUUCCAGCGAGUGCUGAGCCAUAUUGAGGGCGACACAACGCCGAGCUCCCCCGCGGCGGUGGCGGGGGCUGUCCUGCCGCCCAGGCAGGAGCCAUCGCCGGUGACGAAGCUGCCUGCCAAGCUGGACACAAAGAAAUCCAGGCGCAAAUGCUUCUGGUUCCUGUGAGCCAGCCGUGCCCAGCAGGCCGGGAGCACGGGGGCACCAUCCCAGCACUGACCCCCUGCCCACAUCUCCUUCCUCCUCUCCCUCCCUCUGACGGUAGGGUUUGGGUAGCACCAGCUUUUAUAUUUUUAACCGUUCAGUUUAAUGUAUUGAAGCCCCUGUGUAAAUAAGGCGAGGGGAACA